AUGACACCGGUCAAUGCCACUAACCCUUUCCUCGCAGAAGUUCAAGGCGCCCGCCAUAAAGCUCAGUUCAUGAAGACUAAGCCCGGCAAGGGUAACGCCAAGACCAAGAAAAAUCCUUUUGGAGCUUUCAUGCGCAAGAGCCGAAACUACAACAACGCGUCAACAGCGAUGCCCGGGAGCGCGACGAAACAAUCCUCUUGCUCAAAAGCAAGCUUCGGCAGAAGCAAGAAUCCACCCAGGGAAGUGACAGCCGUAGUCGAUCCGCGACUUGGAGCCCAGGUCCCGAGGCGACUUCCAGUUGUUCUCGAGCGUCAUUUCAACCCCAAGCAUUCGGGUUUGGUGCUAGGGAUCGGCGGGAAGGGAAGCCCUCGACAUCACCCUGCACGCCGACCCGACCCCCAAGGCAACUCUCAUCGCCGCGCUGUUUCAGAGGGCAGGAUCACCAAACCCCAUCACGACAGCAGUCCUCCCGCCCCUGGUCGUAACCCUCGCACCCCUAUUGCUAGCAACUGGAGAUGCCCCAACCACCCCCCGAAGGUGGCACGUUCGAUUCUGCUCCACCAAGCACCCGAUCCCAAAGAUCACAAGUUCCAGAUCACCGGAAUUUGUUUGAGCAUGUGA